ACGUGGCAACUAGAUAUAAAUGUGCAGUAGCAUUAACAUCAAAGACUAGCUCAGAGAUUUGGAACGCGAUUGAAAAAAUAUACAAUGAUUCCAAAAAUUCUCUCGAGUGGCCGGCGUUGUUGAUGAUUAAUAGUGCUAGUGAGUUUAAAGGAUCAUUUGCAAAAGGAAUAGAGCGAUAUAAUGUUCCUAUAAAAGUUGUUGAUCUUUAUAGCUUUGAGAGCUUAGUAUUAGUUAAAAAAUUCAAACAAGAUUUGCCAGUCUUAUACUAUCUUGAGGAUGAGCCAAUUGAUUCAACUAAACAUUUAAUAGGUUGUAAUCCCAAAAGACCUUUUAAGAGAGAGGAGCUCCAA